UUCGCAGUCGACGUCAUCCAUGGCGGACAUAUUCUUUCCGACAUUUUGACAUUUCCCUCCCGGUUAGUCACUUCGUGUUGGAAUAAUACCUAUUUAAAACUUUCACCAUGGAUGAAGAAUACGACGCGAUCGUUUUGGGUACCGGCCUGAAAGAAUGUAUCCUGAGCGGUAUGCUGUCGGUAUCCGGGAAGAAAGUUCUGCACAUUGAUCGGAACAAGUAUUACGGUGGAGAAUCUGCGUCGAUUACACCGUUAGAGGAGUUGUUCGCAAAGUUCAACGCUCCGGCACCCGAUGAAACUUACGGUCGAGGUCGCGACUGGAACGUCGAUUUGAUUCCCAAGUUUUUGAUGGCCAAUGGCUUACUGGUGAAACUGCUCAUCCAUACGGGCGUCACCCGCUACUUGGAGUUCAAGUCAAUAGAGGGCAGCUACGUAUACAAAGGUGGUAAGAUCUCAAAGGUGCCGGUCGACCAGAAGGAGGCGCUCGCUUCGGACCUUAUGGGUAUGUUCGAAAAGAGGCGUUUCCGCAACUUCCUCAUCUACGUGCAAGACUUCCAGGAGGAGGAUGCCAAGACCUGGAAGGAUUUCGACCCCAGCACAGCGAACAUGCAGUCGCUGUACGACAAGUUCGGCCUCGACAGGAACACGCAGGACUUUACCGGCCACGCUCUUGCCCUAUACCUAGAUGAUGGCUACCUGCAGCAGCCUGCCAUCCAAACCAUUCGUCGCAUCAAACUGUACUCAGACUCGCUAGCCAAGUAUGGUAAGUCCCCCUACUUGUACCCCAUGUAUGGGUUAGGUGAAUUGCCCCAGGGCUUUGCUCGGCUGUCUGCUAUUUAUGGCGGUACCUACAUGUUGGACAAGCCCAUUGAUGAGAUAGUGCUGUCUGAAGAUGGAAAAGUUGUAGGAGUUCGCUCUGGAAACGAGGUGGCUAAAUGCAAGCAGGUGUAUUGUGACCCUAGCUAUGUGCCUGAACGUGUCCACAAGAAAGGCCAGGUUAUCCGAUGCAUUUGCCUAUUAGACCAUCCAAUUGCUAAUACCAAGGAUGCAUUGUCCACUCAAAUCAUCAUCCCGCAAAAGCAGGUGGGAAGGCAUUUUGACAUCUAUGUGUCUGUUGUGUCAUACACGCAUCAGGUAGCUGCAAAGGGCUGGUUUAUUGCUAUGGUCUCCACCACUGUAGAAACCAAUGAUCCUGAAUCUGAGAUCAAGCCUGGUCUAGAUCUCCUUGGACCCAUUAGGCAGAAGUUUAUAUCUAUAUCGGACUAUUAUGAGCCAAUUGAUUUGGGUAGCCAGAGCCAAAUCUUCAUUUCUGAGUCAUAUGAUGCCACCACACACUUUGAGACAACCUGUUUAGAUGUGCUCAAGAUAUACAAACGUGGCACUGGGGAAGACUUUGACUUCUCUAAAGUGAAAGUAGAGCUGGGAGAGGAAGAUCAGUGAACGCCCAUUUCAGAUGUACAUUGCUUGUUAGUUUUAACUAUUUGUUUAAGAACUGUUCAGGCAACAAACUAUACAUUCAUUAGGGAUUUUGGGUACCGAUUUGUAAGAGCUUAGGUGUAUUGUAUUGUGCAAAUGCUCCAAACAGUUCCAGUAAGUGAUUGUAUUUUUUUUUAUAUUACCAAAAAUAUUUCAAAAGUAUAAGAUUGUUAUUUAAAGGAUUUAUUUGUCAAUUUAAUGAUUGCUUUUAUUAUUUGUAAGUAUACAAUGCUACAAGAUGAUCUGCACGAGUGAGGUGUUAGGUUAACUGUAUCAAAUGACAUGCAUUCCAUUUUGGUACAUUAUUUGAUCCUGUAAUCAUAUCAUGUUUGUAACUCGUCAAAAUUCUGAUAUGAAUGCUCACUAUAUCUAUAUGUUCUGUGUAAGAUCAUAAAUAAAGUUACAUUAUAUGA